CUGACCUCCAUGAUGAAAACUUGCGUCACCAGAUUUCAGAUAAUGGCCGGUCGCAGGCUCCUUCACCCGCCAUUUCUCUUCUUUUUCCUUUUCUUUUCCCUCUUUCGCGCCACCACUUCAAACGACACCGUGAACGCAACCCAACCGCUCAAAGACGGCGACGUAUUGGUCUCGGAAACCGGCAAAUUCGCCGUCGGAUUCUUCUCCCCCGGCCGCUCUACCAACCGGUACCUCGGCAUUUGGUUCCACGAAGUUCCCGAGCUAACGGUAGUCUGGGUAGCCAAUGGGAACAAUCCUAUCGCCGCCGGGGACUCCGGAAUCCUCUCAAUCGACUCCACCGGCAAUCUCGUACUCCUCGCCGGCGGCGAGCAGAAUCAGAAUCAAACUAGAACCCAAGUUCCAAUUUGGUCAACCAACGUCUCGGCCAAUCUCGUUUUCAAUUCUCCGCGCUCGGCGCGGAUUCUGGACUCUGGGAAUUUCGCGCUGUUCGGCAGGUUCAAUUCGACGAUUCUGUGGCAGAGCUUUGAUUACCCGACGAACACUUUCCUACCCGGAGCGAAACUCGGGUUGGACCGGGAAUCGGGUCUGGACCGGUUCUUAACCUCGUGGAGGUCCGAGGACGACCCGGGAACCGGGGAAUUCUCGUUUCGGGUCAACCCGAAGGGCUCCCCGCAAUUCUUUUUGUACAAAGACGGGAAACCUUACACUAGAAGCCUCCCUUGGCCGUGGGGGAGCUACGGCGAUAUCUUCAACAUCUCGUUCGUGAACAACAGAGAAGAAGGAGCGAUCUUUCAAAUCACCCUGAACGACGAUUCGCUUCUCUUCUGGGAAGUUUUGGAUACGACGGGGAUCUUGAGGGAGAAAAUCUGGCGAAAGGGCUACGACGGAUGGAAAGAAUACUGGGCGACCCCGACUCAGAAAUGCGAUACGUACAGACGCUGCGGCGGGAAUGGUUUGUGCGAUCCGAGCAAUGACAACACUUUUGAGUGUUCUUGCCUGCCUGGUUAUGAACCCAGGUCGCCGAGAAGCUGGCGAUUGUUCGAUGGGUCCGGAGGGUGCGUUAGGAAGCUAUCGAAAUUGGGAUCGAAAUUGGAAUUGGAAUUGGGAACUUGGGAUGGGUUUUGUGGCGCGGGAGAAGGGUUUGUUAGAGCGCCGAAGGUGAAGGUUCCGGAUAGUUCAGGAGCAGUUUGGAUUGGAAAGGAAGAUGGCGGGGAACUGAGCUGCGAACGCGAGUGCAGGAAGAACUGUUCAUGUUCUGCGUAUACUGAAAUAGAUGCUGCUUUGAAGGACAAAGGUUGCUUGUUAUGGUAUGGAGAACUGGUGGAUACAGUGUAUUUCCCUGCCAGUUCCCAGGAUUUGUAUGUUCGUGUUGAUGCAGAGGAAUUUGCUAACUAUAAGGGUGGAUUGAAUGAUUCGCUUGAGUUGAAGUUGAAGUUGAGCAUUCUUCUGCCAUCUAUUGGUUCAGCAUGGCUUCUUGUUAUCGUGUUUGCCUUCUUUUGGCUCAGGAAGUGGCGAAGCAGGUCAGUAAAGAAGAGAAGGAUCAGAAAUUUGUUCCAUCUAGAUAAUGGUUCAAACCACUUCAAUGAUUCUGUGGUUGGAGAGGAAAUGGAGGGUCAUUCAGUAUACCCUGAGUUGCCAUUCUUCAACGUCAAUGCCAUUCGAGCUGCUACCAACAAUUUUUCUCCAGCUAACACGCUUGGAAGAGGAGGUUUUGGCUCUGUGCACAAGGGGAGACUACCGAAUGGACAAGAAGUUGCAGUGAAACGGCUGAGCAAAAAUUCAAGGCAAGGCCUUGAACAAUUCAGGAAUGAAGUCCUAUUGAUUGCAAAACUCCAACACAGGAAUCUUGUGAAGCUCCAUGGAUGCUGCAUCGAGGACGAAGAGCAAAUGCUAAUUUAUGAGUACUUGCCCAACAGAAGUUUGGACCUUUUUCUUUUUGAUCGAACAGGAUGCAGAGUAUUGGAUUGGACAAGGCGUUUCAAUAUCAUAGUUGGCAUUGCACGUGGAAUAUUGUAUCUUCAUCAGGAUUCGAGGUUCCGAAUCAUCCAUCGAGACUUGAAAACCAGCAAUAUUCUCCUGGAUGGAGAUCUGAACCCCAAGAUCUCAGAUUUCGGCAUGGCUAAGAUACUCGAGGCUGACAAAGUUUAUGGGAAGACGGCCGGCAUUGGUGGAACUUAUGGUUACAUGUCACCAGAGUAUGCAGUGUUCGGGAAGUUCUCCGAAAAAUCUGAUGUUUUCAGUUUCGGUGUCAUAUUGCUCGAGACAAUUACCGGAAAGAGGAUCAAUAGAAUCUACUCAGAAGAUGACAACUUGAAUUUGAUAACCUAUGUAUGGGAGCACUGGAAGGAAGACAAAGGACUAGAGGUCGUGGAUUCUUCGAUGGAGGGUUCUUUCAAUGGUCAUGAAGUUUUGAAAUGCAUCCACAUUGGGUUGUUAUGUGUAGAGGAAGAUGUUCGAGAUCGACCGAAUAUGUCGACGACGGUUCUUAUGCUGAACACUGCUAUGCCUCUUCCUCGCCCCAAGCAACCUGGGUUUCACGGGACAAGUUGCUUCAACAAAUCCAGACCAGCAGAAGGAUCAUGCUCUGUGAACGAGUUGGAUUAUUUUCGAAACCCGCCAAAACCCGCCGCCGCUAAAAACGAGCAAACAGUACUAUUUCCCGAACAGAAUGGAAAACCCAGAAUUCCCACCGCCAUAGAAGACCUGCUUGACCAAAAGCUCUCUUCUUUCCAGUUCAUAACCAUCGAUCACCAUGGUCGAAAUUCGCGCCAAAGCAACUUCCUUAUAAUGGGCGGGAAAAUCAUUCUCCUCCCGCCAUUUAUCUUCUUCUUCCUCUUUCGCGCGGCCGCUGGCAACGAUACCGUAACCUCAACACAACCGCUCAGAGACGGCGACGUUUUAGUCUCCGAAACUGGUAAGUUCGCUCUCGGAUUCUUCUCCCCUGGCGGUUCUUCCAAUAGGUACCUCGGCAUUUGGUUCUACCAAGUUCCCCGGCAAUCCGUCGUCUGGGUAGCCAACCGGAACAACCCCAUCGCCGCCGGCGAUUCCGGAAUCCUCUCAAUCGAUGAUGCCACCGGCAACCUCGUCCUUUACGAUAGAAAUAAAAUUCCGAUUUGGUCAACCAACGUCUCGGCCAAGCUCGAUUCUCUGCCCUUCGCGCGGAUUCUGGAUUCAGGGAAUUUCGCGCUGUUCAGUCAUGAGAACUCGACGGCGGUUUUCUGGCAGAGCGUGGACUACCCAACAAACACAUACCUACCGGGAGCGAAGCUCGGAUUGGAUCGGAAAUUGGGUUUGGAACGGUUCAUAACCUCAUGGAGAUCCGAGGACGACCCGGGAACAGGGCAAUUCUCGUUCCGGGUCAACCCGAAGGGUUCCCCGCAAGUCUUCCACUACAGAGGAGAAGGAAGAAAAACCCCUUACGCGAGAAGCUUUCCCUGGCCGUGGAAAAGCUUCACCAACAUUUUCAACGGCUCGUUCAUCAACAACGAAGACGAGGUUUCCUUCUCAAUCUUCUUGACCGAAGAAGAUUCUUUUCUCUUCUGGGUAGCUAUAGAUCCGGCCGGAAUCCUCCGGGAGAAGAUCUGGCGGAAGGGUUACGAGGAUUGGAAGGAGUAUUGGGCGACCCCGACUCAGAAAUGCGAUUCGUACGGACGCUGCGGCCCCAAUGGUGUGUGCGAUCCCAGUAAUGGCAACGCUUAUGAAUGUUCUUGCUUACCUGGAUAUGAACCCAGUUCGCCGCGAAGCUGGCGAUUGUUUGAUGGGUCUGGUGGGUGUGUCAGGAAAAGGUUGCGAAAUUCUGAUGGGUUUUGUGGGCUGGGAGAAGGGUUCGUGAGAAUGCUGAAGGUGAAGGUUCCUGACACUUCAGGAGCUGUUUGGAUUGACAGGCGUGGCGGUGGUAGUGAAGUCAGCUGUAAGCGUGAGUGCAGGAAAAACUGUUCUUGCUCUGCGUAUGCUGAAAUGGAAGGUGCUGGAGAUGAGAGUGUUUGCAUGUUAUGGUUCGGAGACUUGGUGGAUACUGUGUAUUUCCCCGUGACUUCCCAGGAUCUGUAUGUUCGAGUUGAUGCAGUUGAAUUUGCUCAUUAUCAGGCAGGGGUAAUCGACUCUGCUGAGUUGAGGUUGAAAUUGAGCAUUGUCCUGCCAUCUGUUGCUUCAACCUGGCUUGUUGUUAUGGUGUUCUGUUUCUUUUGGCUCAAGAGGCGGCGAAGCAGGACUGCAAAGAGGAGAAGGAUCAGAAAUUUGUUCCAUCCAAAUGAUGGUUCAAGUCGAUCCACUGUUCAUGCAAUGACAGAGGAAACGGAUGGAAGUUCAGCGUAUCCCGAGCUGCCAUUUUUCAGCUUCAGCACCAUUCGUGCUGCUACCAACAAUUUUUCUUCAGCUAACAAGGUUGGACAAGGAGGGUUUGGCGUUGUGUACAAGGGGAGACUACCUAGUGGACAAGAUAUCGCUGUUAAGAGGCUUAGCGAAAAAUCAAGCCAAGGUCAGGAACAGUUCAGGAAUGAAGUACUGUUGAUUGCAAAGCUCCAACAUAGGAACCUUGUUAAGCUCUAUGGAUGUUGCAUUGAGGAAGAAGAACACAUUCUGGUUUAUGAGUACUUGCCUAAUAAAAGUUUGAACCGUUUUCUUUUUGAUCGGAAAGGAGGAGCAACAUUGGAUUGGAGGACACGCUUCGGCAUCAUAAUUGGUAUUGCACGAGGAAUCUUGUAUCUUCAUCAGGAUUCGAGGUUCAGAAUCAUUCAUCGAGACUUGAAAACCAGCAACAUUCUCCUAGAUGAAGAGCUUAACCCCAAAAUUUCAGAUUUCGGCUUGGCUAUGGUUCUUGAAGCCGACCGAUGUCAUGGGAAGGCAGCCAACAUCGGAGGAACUAUUGGUUACAUGUCGCCAGAGUACGCAGUGAAAGGUGUAUACUCUGAAAAAUCCGAUGUCUUUAGUUUCGGGGUCAUAGUGGUUGAAAUGGUAACCGGCAUGAGGAUCACUAGACGCUUUGAAGGAGAUGAAAACAUGAGCUUAAUAGCCCACGUGUGGGCGCUAUGGAAGGAAUACAGAGCGAUGGAGGUUGUGGAUUCAUCAAUGGUGGGGGGAAUGCACAAUGCUGAGGAAGUAUUGAGGUGCAUCCAAAUUGGGCUGUUAUGCAUGGAGGAAAAUGUCGAGGAUCGACCUAAUAUGAUGACAGUGGUUAUUAUGUUGAACAGUGCAAUGCCUCUUCCUCGUCCCAAACAACCUGCGUUUGCCGGUGGCAGCAGCUGCUUGAACCAUCAACCUGCAGGAGGAACGCUUGCCUCAUGUUCUGUAAACGACCUGACCCUGACAGGAGUCAUGAUACGCUGAUUCUUUGUGGCUGCGGUUGGGAAAACAUGGCUGAUGUUUGUUUGUCCAGUUUCCACUGGCUAUGCAGUCUGUCUCACUCCUGUGGCGUAUUUGGAAGUCGCGAAACUUGGUGGUUUUUGUAUGGACAGAGGGCGGAAUGGAUCGGGGUGCCUGCUUGUGCUUGUAGUGAUUGAGCUUUGGUACGGGUGGAUGGUUCCGUCGGAAUAGGCACGAGCUUGGGAAUUGCAUCCAUUGUUUGUUCGUUUGAUGGUGCAACUCAUGCAGGAUCUCAUUCUGCGUUAGGUCCUUUCCGUGAGGAGAUGGUGGCUCUUCCCGAUCCUUUUAGAUGGUGCGUUGAUUUGGUAUUGCAGGGACUGGUGCUUGAAGGUGACGAAAAGGUGGUGAUUCUCAUCUCAGCAGAGCUGGCGCAAUUCAUUCAAGGUUUCAUCUUUGAAUAUACUCGGGGUCUAUGCGAGUCUUGACCGAUUUGGCGCAUUCAUUGCCUUUUGGGAUUAUGCGGUAACCUGAUUGGUUAAUUUGAUUAACUACUUAACCAAAUCGAUCAAGUUUUGAUUUGGUUUGAUUAAUAUAUCGUAGGCAAAAUA